GACUGCGUGGUGGGAGGCCGCAGUCUCUUCAGUGAGACUUUACUUCUGCCUUGUCCCGCCGCAGCGCCGGCUCUGUUCUCCUCUGCCCCUGCAGUGGGCGCUCGAGAUGAGAGGCCCCAGCUGUCCUGGAAGGUGCAGGGUGUAGAGGACACUUCAAGGAAAAGCAUCUACCCCCAGGAGGUGACUCCUGCCCUGAGAUCUUCCCCCACAGCUUGAGGGCAGCACCUGAGGUGAAGGAGCAGCCUCUGGUCCUGCCGACUGGGCAGUGACUCCAGGCAGAGGGUCCUUGAAGUGAGGGCUGAGCAGGGAGAGCCCAGCCAGGAAGAUGAACAUGGCAGACUUGGCUCUGGUGCCAGAGGAGAGAGGAGCUCAGCCCACACAACGUGAGGAGGGAAUGAAUUCUGGGUUCCUGACCGUGAGGAUUCAGGAAUUGGUGACCUUCAGGGACGUGGCGGUGGACUUCACCGGGGAGGAGUGGAGAUGCCUGGAACCUGCCCAGAGGACCCUGUACAGGGAUGUGAUGUUGGAGAACUAUGAGAACCUGGUCUUUCUGGGAAUUCCUGUUUGUACACUGGACGUGAUCUCUCUGUUGGAAGGAAGAGAAGCACCAUGCAGGUCCCAGGGAGAAGUUCACAGAGGCCUUCGUCUGGAUUUCCUUCAUGAGAACAGGUUUGAAAGCAAGGAAUCAAAUCUGAUGCAGAGCAUUUGCAUGGGAGCAUCAUUCCAGAAAAGGCUGCCAAAGGAUGCAGUAAUCAGGCAUUCCAAGAUGAGAGAAGCCACGGAAUGUGAUGUUAAUUUGGAGAAACAGAAGUACAAGCAAGAGAGACAAACCAGACAAGUAACAGUUACAGUUAGUCCCAGAACAACUUUUAAUAAAGUGAUCCUGCCUCAGUGUUCUACAUUUGGGAGAAAUGUUAAUGUGAGAUCAAUCUUGAUUUCACUGUGCAGAGAGACUGUGGGAAAAUGUCUCCAUCAGUAUAAGACAUAUGGAAUGAGCUUCCAGAAUUGUCCUGACCUAAUUACAUGUAAUACACUUUUCUUAGGAAAGAACCUUUCUAAGUAUAACGAAUGUAGGAAGCCUUUCAGUUACCACUCAGACCUAGUUAAAUUACAUAGAAUACAUGCUGGAAGUAAGUUAGCACAUAUUAAAUACAAUGAAUAUGAAAAAGCCUUCAGCCACAAACAAAACCCAGCUAAACAAAGGAUUCAUAUUAGAAAGAAAUCCUUUGCGUAUAACGAAUAUAAGAAAGACUUUACUUGGAAGGCAAAUCUUAUUUGCCACCAGAAAACUCACACUGAAGAGAAACUCAUUAAUUGUAAUGAAUGUGGAAAAGCCUUCAGCAGGAGGAAUCACCUUGUCAGACAUAAGGGAACUCAUACUACUGAGAUAACUUUUGCAUGUAAUGAAUGUGGGAAAGCUUUUAAGCAUUGGUCAAACCUUUUUACCCAUCAGAGAACUUGUAGAAGAAAAAAGCCCUUGAAUGAUUGUGGAAAAACCUUCAGUCAGAGUGAAAUACUCAAAAACCAUCAGAGAAUUCAUACAGGAGAGAAACCCUUUGCAUGUAAUGAAUGUGGAAAAGCAUUUAGGUACAAUACCAGCCUUAUUAGCCAUAAGAGAAGUCAUACUGGAGAGAAUCCUUUUUCAUGUAAUGAAUGUGGAAAAUCCUUUAGUGAUACUGUGGUACUCAAAAGCCAUCAGAGAAUUCAUACUGGAGAGAAACCCUUUGAAUGUAAUGUAUGUGGGAAAGCAUUUAGCCAGAGGGGGUAUCUUAUUACCCAUCAGAGAAUACAUACUGGAGAGAAACUUUUUGCAUGUAAUGAAUGUGGAAAAGCCUUUAGGCAUAGGUCAAGCCUUAUUAUCCAUCAAAGAACUUAUAUUAGGGAGAAACCUUUUGCAUGUGAUGAAUGUGGAAAAGCCUUCAUUAAGAGUGAAGUCCUGAAAAGCCAUCAGAGAAUUCAUACAGGAGAGAAACCUUUUGAAUGUAAUGAAUGUGGGAAGGCAUUUAGGUACAAUUCCAGCCUUAUUACCCACCAGAGAACUCAUACUGGAGAAAAACCUUUUGAAUGUAAUGAAUGUGGGAAAUCCUUCAGUGAGAGUGUAGUACUCAAGAGGCAUCAGAGAACUCAUACUGGAGAGAAACCUUUUAUGUGUAAUGAAUGUGGGAAAUCCUUCAGUGAUAGUGUAGUACUCAAAAGCCACCAGAGAAUUCAUACUGGAGAGAAACCCUUUGAAUGUAAUGAAUGUGGGAAAGCAUUUAGCCAGAGGGGCCAUCUUAUUACCCAUCAGAGAACUCAUACUGGAGAGAAACCUUUUGCAUGUAAUGAAUGUGGAAAAGGUUUCCGAAAUAGGACAAACCUUAUCACUCAUCAGAGAACUCAUACUGGUGAGAAACCUUUUGCUUGUAAUGAAUGUGGGAAAGCUUUCAGCAGACGGGAACAUCUCACUAGACAUCAAAGAACUCAUACUGGAGAGAAACCCUUUGCAUGCAAUGAAUGUGGGAAAGCUUUUAGGCACCGCUCACAUCUUAUUACCCACCAGAGAACUCAUACUGGAGAGAAACCCUUUGUGUGUAAUGAGUGUGGGAAAACCUUUAGCCAGAGUGAAAUACUCAAAAGCCACCGGAGAAUUCAUACUGGGGAAAAGCCUUUUGCAUGUACUGAAUGUGGGAAAGCCUUUAGGCAUAAGUCAAGCCUUAUUAUCCAUCAAAGAACUUAUAUUGGGGAGAAACCCUUUGCGUGUGAUGAAUGUGGGAAAGCCUUCAGUGAGAGUGAAAUACUGAAAAGCCAUCAGAGAGUACAUACUGGAGAGAAACCUUUUGAAUGUAAUGAAUGUGGAAAAGCCUUCCGACAUAAAGGACAUCUAAUUAAUCAUCAGAGAACCCAUAGUGGAGAGAAACUCUUUGCAUGUAGUGAAUGUGGUAAAGCCUUUAGUGAAAAUGAGUUACUCAAAAUUCAUCAGAGAAGUCAUACUGGUGAGAAACCCUUUGAAUGUAAUGAAUGUGGGAAAGGCUUCAGCAGGAAGGAACACCUUAUUAACCACCAGAGAAUUCACACUGGAGAGAAACCUUUUGCAUGUCAUGAAUGUGGGAAAGGUUUCAGCCAAAGGGGGAAUCUUAUUACCCAUCAGAGAACUCAUACUAAAGAGAAACCCUUUGCAUAUAGUGAAUGUGGGAAAGCUUCCAUUGAGAGUAUAGUACUCAAAAGCCAUCAGAGAACACAUGUUGAAGAGAAAUCCAUUGAAUACAGGAAAGGUUUCAGCCAAAGGACAAACCUUAUUUCUUAUCAACAAACUGAUGGUGGGGGAGAAACCCUUUCUGUACAGUUAAUGUAGGAAAGUCUUUGGUGAAAAUAAAGUACUGAGAAAUUAUUAGAGAACUCAGUGCAAGUAAGUCCUUUGUAAUGAGUGUGUGGAAGCCUUCUGCAGAAGGAACCACCUUAUUAUUAAUCAUAGAACUCACUGGAGAGAAACCCUUUGCAUUUCUUUGAAUUUGGGGAAGGCUUUAGUGAAGAGGGAAGUACUCACAAGACAUCAGAGAAUGUACACUAGUGGAAAACCCUCAAUAUAAUGAAUUUGGGACAAACAGCACAGAAGAGGAUAUCUGAAAAUCAUAUUAACCAUCAGAGAGCCUAUACUGGAGAAAAAUCCUUUGUAUGUAAUUAAUGUGGUAAAGCCUUUAACCAACUCAGGA